AUGGAGAAGCAAUCGAUUUCCUCAAUUGAGUUGAAGGAGAAGAUUGAUCUCACUGAGAAAGAGCGAGAAAUCUUUGACCGGCUUCUCGGUACUCUCCGCUUUUGCAACCUCGAUACUCAGCUUCGUGUCGCCGGUGGAUGGGUGCGCGAUAAGCUUCUAGGGAAAGAUAGUGAUGAUAUCGAUAUAGCAAUCGACAAUAUGUCUGGAAGUGCGUUUCUUGAUAAGGUCAAGGAAUAUUUAUCUUCUAGAGACGAACAAGUACAAGGCGACACUAUUAUUGAAAGGAAUCCUGACCAAUCCAAACACUUGGAGACUGCAAGGAUGCGCCUUUAUGACCAAUGGAUAGAUUUUGUAAAUUUGAGAUGUGAAGAAUACACGGAAAAUAGUCGUAUUCCUACAAUGAAAUUUGGCACCGCAAAAGAGGAUGCUUAUAGGAGAGACUUAACCAUAAAUAGCUUGUUCUACAACAUUAACACUGACUCAGUAGAAGAUCUUACAGAAAGAGGCAUCGAUGACCUCAAGUCUGGACGAAUUGUUACACCAUUGCCUGCAAAAGCUACGUUUCUGGAUGAUCCUUUGCGAGUUCUCCGAGCUAUUCGCUUUGGUGCAAGAUUUGGUUUUACUCUGGAUGAAGAACUAAAACAAGCUGCUUCAAGUGAGGAAGUAAGGGUGGCUCUUGGAGAAAAAAUUAGCAGAGAGCGGAUCGGGAAUGAAAUCGAUUUGAUGAUAUCUGGGAAUGGACCAGUUUCAGCAGUAACGUAUCUUUCUGAUUUGAAACUAUUUAGGGUUGUCUUUGCCUUUCCCUCUUCAUCUGAGCCUUCACCAUCGGAGAAUUGUGGCAGCCUCUGCCAAUCCUACUUGGAAGCUAUGUGGAGCCUCAUUCAAACACCUGGGUUAGGAAAGUUCAGUGGUGAACAAAGAAGGCUUGCUCUGUACGCUGCUCUGUUUCUCCCCUUUAGGAAAACCAUUUACAAAGACGAUAAGCGCAAAUCGAUUCCUGUUGUCAACCACAUCUUCAAAUUCUCCUUGAAGCGGAAGACCAGUGACGCUGAAACUAUGCAUCACUAUUGUGAUAACGAAAUACAUCUUCUCCAGGACAAGCUUGAUUGGGCCACUGAUGUUCUUGAGCACUGGAAGUCCAUCUCCCUUAACGAUCCAGAAGUCCCAGCAACUUCAAAAAUAAGAGUACUCGCAGGGUUUCUUCUUAGAGAUAUCAAAGGCUACUGGCGUGUUGCGCUCCUAUCAUCUUUGUUGUUGUGUACGGUUGACGGCAUGAAUGAAGGUCAAGAAAUUGGGCAUCUGGAUUUCCAACUGGACAAGAUGCGAGAAAUUUACCUAAAAAUUGAGGACACCAUUUGUGAACUGGGUCUUGAUAACAUCUGGGAUGUGAAGCCUCUGGUGAAUGGCAGGGAGAUCAUGCAAAUUGCGGAUAUUAGCGGAUCCCUCAUCCGUGAAUGGCAACAGAAAAUUCUCACAUGGCAGCUAGCUUAUCCCAAUGGCUCCGCAGAGGAAUGCAAGGAUUGGAUGAGAGAAAUAAAAGCAAAACGACAACGAACAGAGUGA